UCGGCCCCUCCGGAGCACUCCGAGUUCGAGCGCCGCCACCGACGCGCGUCGUUUCCAAAUUCAAAGUUCAUUUCUUUUUUACGAGUGUGUUUUUUUAGUGCAUCAUGGUGCUGACAGACUUUUUGACGGAAACAAGGAGGCGCUGGCUGAAGGCCUUCAAGUUGUUCAAGGGCAGUCGCUCGCGCAAGUCCCAGCGCAACCGCGUGUCGCCGGCCGCUCGCUCGCCGUCCUACAGCGGCACCGUGGACGCGCGCGCCGACAUCGACCUGCAGCGCUUCUGUGCGUGCCGCGCCUCACUACCCCCCCUUCACAUCCCCGACACCAAGGAGCACUCCUACUUCAGCAGCUACAACAGCUACGACAGCUCGAGCAGCCGACACAGCACGGCGCACAGCAACGACUCGGCGUACGACUCGGCGCGCAGCUCGCCCGCCCCCGCGCCCGUGUGCUACGCCACCGUCACCUACUUCAACGUCAACGACAGUGAAGACAGCAGCAGCGUGCGCACAGAGUAUACCCUGCUGGAGUAUGAAGAGGAUGAGAUGAGGGAAGACGAGCGCGCGCAGAACUUGAUCAACGAGAGUCUCGAGCUGGUCAGCACCUUGUGAAAGCUGCGGGUUGUAGUCGGUUAAGUUGUACAUAGUAGGGUAGGUGACUGUCUCUCAGUUCUCUCGUUGUCUAUUACACUGUGUGUAUGCGAGGGUCGGUUGUUUGAGACUUGUAAGAUAAAGACUUUCUUCAGCUAAGUGAGAAAUACCAAAGUAAUUUGUGAUAUGUGAGUGAUUGAAGAUGAUAUAUUGUUAAGUUAAUUACCUUAUAUAUCCUGCA